AUGUGGAUCGUUUCAUUUUCCUUCCUGCUAACUGCUGUUUCCCUACAUGGAAUCCAAAUUGAUUUCGAACGAUUCGAGCAACUGUCAGGAUUUAAUGUGUACAACAGUUCACUGCGCGUCCGGAAGUUUAAUCGAACGCUGGUAACGCUCAACGGUACGCUAGAGAUAGUGGCACCACUGAACAAAACCAUUAUGGUCUCGACGGACUUCUUUCACAGCAGCCGCGGCAAUCAGCAGUAUAAUCACCAUCCGGCCAAGUUUCCAACCCGUGACGUGUGCGACUUUAUGUCCAACUUUUACGAAGGCUACAAUGAGCACGUCGAGGACAUAAUCAACAUGCCAAAAAGGGGCGAAUGUCCCAUUACUCCCCGCAUGAUCUACGUCGUGAAUAAAAAUUUCCCGGCCAAAGCGGUACCGCACUUUUUUCGCCCAGGUCUGUGGAAGGCUUACAUGAUAAAUAAGAUAAAAAAUGUCGAGGUAUCACGGUUCGAGAUGGUAUUUAAUGUUAAAAGCGAUUUUUAA